AUUCUAAUCGACAAACCUCACCCAGUGGAGUUGAAAUACGUGUUCAGUCGGCAUCUAGUGGCACCAAAGCAGUAGCAUUUGAAGAAUCUGCAGCCAUGAAAGCUGUUGUGUUUGGAGAUGAUGAUGAUAAUGAUAAUGACAACAAUGAUUCAAGCAGCUCAUCAAGUUCCAGUGAAGAAGAAGAAUCCAUUUCCAGACCAUCCACAGUAUCAUCUUCAAGUUCCAGACCUGCUGUAACAUCUAUGACUCGUACAAGACCCAUACAAGCACAUGUAGCAAGGCCUGUUGUGGUGCAAUAUGAAACUAUAGUCGGAGGAUACAAGUCGUUGCUGUGCUGCAAACCAUCAGGUCAUGACUCUUGCCUGGUGAAAGGACCCAGUAGAGAACACUUAAUAUCUGAAUACACAGUACAGCUUGGUCCUAAUCCAGAGCUACAACAUGGCCCAGAUGCACAAAAUGUAUCGGGUCCCAUCGAGAGAAGUAAAAAAAAGAAAGAAAAACUUGCAUGUGGACCUCAAGCCAAUCUGUGCAGAGGUCCUCAGUAUAGUAAUAUAGGUUCCAUGUAUAGUACAAUUUCAAGUUAAAUCAGUGGCUAUAAUUUGGCAACUAUAGGAAGGAUAUUACUAAUUAGUAUAAUUAUUAUUAUUUAAAUGUAUUUAUUCAUUCUACUUAGUUGUUAAACUUAAUGCAAUGUACUUGGUGUUUAAUCAUGAAAUUGUUAAAGCGUGGCUCCGCAAAACCAGGGAGUGCAUCAUAGGAAAUGUAAUUUGCAUGGUCUGCCCAGUUUACUUGGUACACAGCUGUUAUCAUUUCAACCGAAGGUGUUAAUUCCGUAAGCUAACAUCAUGCAUUACGCUAUUUACGACUUUAUUGAACCGCGUUUAACACUCACCCACCCGCAAUCUUAUGAAAGCAGUUUUCUUACUUGCAUCAUGGAGCUUCUUAUUUAGUUCCGUGCUUGUACUAAACAGCGCAUCAUGGUUUAUUUGAAUGACCUACACAAUGUAUACAUGUAGUAUCGCACAGAACCAUGAUUGCCAUAAUAUGUCUUGUCAGCUAGGCAAUAGUGACGUUAUGCAACAUGAAAAAAAAGGCAACAAAUUUAAAAAAAAAAAAAAAAAAAAAACUUUGUGAUACGGCUGUGUAACACAGGCAGGCAUACCCAGUUGCCCAACGCUAACUAUACAUGAACAUAUGUGCAACAUACGUUACAAAACACGGACACGCAUGCAUUUUUUACAGUGAACAAUCUGCCGGGAUAUAUUUCAGGGAACAUAACAUUUUUUUCGGUAUCUUUCAAUUUAUUUAUUUCAAGAUACAGUUAUAUUUUUAGCUCCACUGUCGACUUUGUCGAGCGGAGCUUAUCAUAUGAGUGAUUGUCUGUCGUCGUCAUCCGUGUCAAUGUUUUACUUUUUCGACUUCUUCUUGAAAAUUACAAGCCUGAAUGCUUUGAUACUUGGUGUAUAUGUACCUUGGGUAGACCUCUCUUAGGUUUGUUCGUUUCAUGUUGAUAUCUUCAAUUCUCUAAUUUUGAUGAAUAUUUUUGUCAUUUUUGGUAAAAAGUGAUAUUUCCGACUUCUUGUUAAAAACCGCAAGUCCAAUUGCUUUGAUAUUACAUAUAUAGGUACUACAUGUGGACCUCUCUCAGAUUUGUUCAUUUUGUAAUGAUAUCUUUAAUUCUCUAAUUUUGGUGAAUAUUUUUGUAAUUUUUGGUAAAAAGUGAUAUUUUUGAAUUCUUGUUGAAGACAGCAAGUCCCAUUGCUUGAUACUAUACAUAUUGUUCAUUUUCUAAUGAUAUCUUCUGUUCUUUAAUUGAAAUGUGCAUUGCUAACAGCGGAGCUAUCUCAGCUGAGAGGCUGCUUGUUUAAAUUGUCGAGAAUGUCAUAUAUUAAAUUCGAGAAGCAUACU